UCGCGCACUUCCGGGUGUUGUCUGGUCGCCGCUGCCGUGCGUCUCCGGGCUCCCGGCCGCUGCCGCCUCGGGUCCUGGAGGCUGGAGCGACGUCAGCGCCAUGGCCGGCAUCAAAGCUUUGAUUAGUUUGUCCUUUGGAGGAGCAAUUGGGCUGAUGUUUUUGAUGCUUGGAUGUGCCCUUCCAAUAUACAACCAAUACUGGCCCCUCUUUGUUCUGUUUUUUUAUAUCCUUUCACCUAUUCCAUACUGCAUAGCAAGAAGAUUAGUGGAUGAUACAGAUGCCAUGAGUAACGCCUGUAAGGAACUUGCCAUAUUUCUUACAACAGGCAUUGUGGUCUCAGCUUUUGGACUCCCUAUUGUAUUUGCCAGAGCAAGUCUGAUCGAGUGGGGAGCUUGUGCACUUGUUCUCACGGGAAACACGGUCAUCUUUGCAACUAUCCUGGGCUUUUUCUUGGUCUUUGGAAGCAAUGACGACUUCAGCUGGCAGCAGUGGUGAAAGGAAUUACUGAACUCUUGUCAAGUGGACUUGUCAUUUCUUGGCCAUCUGUGCGCACAGGAGAUGGGCAGUAAUGCUGAGCGGGGUAGCAAGCCUCUUGGGGGUAUUCUAGGUGCUCCCUUGUCACUUUUAUUGUAAGCAUACUAUUUCACAGAGACUUGCUAAAGGAUUAAAAGGAUUUUUUCUUUUGGAAAAGCUUGACUGAUUUCACACUUAUCUCUAGUAUGCUUUUUGUGGUGUCCUGCUGAAUUUAAAUAUUUAUGUGUCCUCCCUGUUCAGUUUUUUGUUUAAUCAAUAUGCAAUGUUAAACAUUUUUUAAAUGUAAUAACCAUUGGUUAAUAGAAUUCUGCUAGCUGUUACUAGGCUAAAGUACAUCUUUUUUUCUCGAAAUUAUUUAACCUCCAUUAUUACACAAAGUUAUAAAAAUAAGUUUUCAAUCAGUCAGGAUGACAUCACUCCCAAUUUUAUGCAAACAUGCAGACCAUUAGCAUACCUUAUAGACUAUAUACUCAGUGCAAAUAUAGCUGCAUUUAUACCUCAGAGGGGCCAAGUAUUAAUGUCGUGCCCUCCAUAAGGGCUGCUGGUUUUACCGGUGAACAGGUGUUUUGUGAAUGGAAAAUUAUUUUAUGGACUUGCUUAUGGAGUGCUUUUCUUCUCAAUUUUUAGAAGAAUUUAGUGUUGUUAAAGGUAAGGGUGUAAAAACAGAUUUUUGAGAUAUGGUUUUUAUUUAUGUUCAUUAUAGUUGAAGUAGAGUGAGUUGCAUUGUGGGAAGAAACGACGUUGAAAUUCCAUCUUUUGAAUCCUGUCUCUAUUUAUAAGUGAACUUUUUGAUCUUUUUUCAGCCUUUCAUGUUUUACAUGGGUAAAGGGACACACACGAAACUACUGCUGACAUGGGAAAGUUGUGUGUUUGCAUCCUACAAACCGGAAAACCUUUCCCCGCUUCCUCCUUUUAACUUAUUUCAUACGUUGUAUAUAUGAAGUGAAAUAACUUUUCAAAUAUAGUUGAAUAACACAUUAAAUUAGAGGUGUUUAAUGCACCCGGAAAGUGACCGCUACAUCAUGCAAUCGAGUGUCCCCCACCCCGCAAGGCCUUGACGUGAUUGACAAGUCACUUGUUAGUCUUGCCGAUGAUUCAUGUAUUAACAACUCAAGAUUUAGACCACAGUAAUUGUAGUUCUUAUUCCCUAAGGUUAUAUCAUAUGUAAUUUUAAAAUAUCUAAGACAAGUUUCCUGUAUAUCUCUCAACUGUUUUGAUUUUUAUUUCAUCCUCAUAGAUCUGCUGUUUCCUUUUACAAAUGGCCUUUAUUGUGUGAAUUAAUGCAGAGUAGCCAAAUCCAGCUGUAUUGCAGCUUCAGACACAAACCUGACCAAAAAAUUCCCGGUAACCAGGCAUGAUCAAAUCAUAGUGGUCAUUUGCACCUCACAAUUACCAGUACUUCUUUCAGGAGCUCAUUAUGAAAAUGUUCAAGUUGGUCUGACAGUAUUUUGUUAAGGACCUCGUUUGUAUGUUUAUUCAGUGUACUUACGUAAAAAUUGUUUUGCCUUCAGACAAAACUGAGUAAUCAUGACAGCUAUCUUUUGUUGUUCUGUAAAGCUGGUUUCUCCAAAAAAUGGGAACAAGUUGUGGGUUUGUUCGGCUUCUUGCUAAAGAUGCCUAAAGGCCACAGGUUUCAUUGCCCAAACCGCGCUGUUACUUUUAGCCAUGAGACGGGAAGCAGAGUGACAUGGCGUGCACGUGGCUGUGUGGCCAUCACACUUACACACAGGCUGAGAGUGGCUCACAGUGUUAGUGUGGUCGACUGAAAGAGGAAGGUGCGGAGCAGUGGAUUAGACAGCUGGCGACACAGUUGGGAACUCAGUGCCUGUGAUCUCCUGGAGAGGGUGCGUUCUCUGGUCCUCCCCAUUUUCUGUUCUGGAGUGUCAGUGCGGUGCACUGCUACUGUUUGAUUUCCUUGCCACAGACUCCUUUUCUAGCAGCUCAUACUCUUUCUGUCUACUAAUCGCACUGGCAGCAUUGUGUCUCGGACUUUGCACACGAGCUUGACGUAGUGCUGUCUUUGGUUUCUAGGCUAGUUACUUGGGGUAUGACUUUUCCAUAGAAUAUGCACUGAUCCUGCGUUGCCAUUCUUCUAUGGAAAGAAAACUUUUGAUGAUGAAACAAUAAAGAUUUUAAAUAUC